UCUUAAUCUACGCACACGUCUUCGCGUAUCGUGCGCAUACGAGCGGUUUUAUUUUGCGGCUUUAUUGUUGUUAAACUCAAUAUUAAUUGCAGCUUGUACAAUAAAGUGUCAACCAUUCGUUAUCAUCAGUACUAAUUGACUUUUAAUUUUUAUUCAGCUUACUGAUUACAUUUGUCAACAAUAGUGUUUGUAUGGAAACUUCUUAUGUGUAAAGUGUAGUCUGUCUUCAAUUGUGUUAUCAGUUACUUGUCUUAAUUGCUUGGUAAAGUUAGUAGGAUCAUGUACGAAGUAAAAGAUAAAGUUGUUUUGGUGACUGGUGGAGCGGCUGGAAUUGGAGCUGGUGUCGUUCAAGCAUUUUUAGAGGAAAAUGCGAAACAUGUUGCGGCUUUAGACGUCGAUGUGUCCAACGGACAAGCAUUAGAAAGAGAAAUGACUGCUAAAUACGGUCCUGGGAAGAUUAAAUUUUACAAAUGCGAUGUUACCACAAAUGAUCUUGAAGCUGCCUACGAAAGCAUUCUUAAUGAAUAUGGAUACAUAGAUGUUGUCGUCAACAAUGCCGGUAUUAUGAACGAUCGGCCGAACGUUUACUUGAAAGAAAUUACUAUCAAUGUGUCGGCAUUGAUAACAAGCUCAUUGAAAGCGUAUAAUAUAAUGCGCAAAGACCACGGAGGGAAAGGUGGUGCUAUCAUCAAUAUUUCAUCCAUCGUGGGGCUGUUUCAAGCAUCCCUACUCCCAAUUUAUGCGGCAACGAAGAGCGCAGUUUUACAAUUCAGCAAUUGCCUUGGAAUGGAGCCUCAUUACUCUGUCUCCGGGGUUCGAGUGAUAACGUUAUGUUUCGGCUGCACGGACACCACUCUCUUCAGCCUCACUAAAUUGGGAGCAUUUGACAAGGAAACCGACUUGCUCUUGGAAAACAGUUUGGGAGUGUUACCAAUGCAAAAGCCAGAAUCUGCCGUAAAAGGUUUGAUGGAUGCGUACAAGACUGGGGCUAGCGCCAGUACAUGGCUGAUAACCAGUGAUAAACCAGCUGAAGAUAUCUCGGAGAAUGUUAAGAAGGCCUACAGUAUUAUGAGCCAAGGCGUAUUUUCUUAGUAUAUUUUAAGCGAUUUCUGAUUUUUAUAUGUAGCUAAGUAAGAAGUGGCAAGUGAGAAAUUGUCUUAAAAAGGACAUAAUAUAUUCGUGUUAUUUUUGUUUAUUAUUAAGUAUUAUUAAAUAACAUUUUUAAGGUGAAUUUUUUAUGACUAAAUAUUUUAGUCAAUACUAAAAAUUACAAUAUUCACAGAAUUCCAAAGACCGAUGACAAAUAAAAAACACGUGAUGCAGUAAA